GUGAACGAGAAUUAGGGUUUUUGCUCGAAGGCAGCCGCUCCUUCCUCAAGCUCUCGCCAAAAACUUGAUUCGAAGUAGGCAGUUCAGUCCAAUCUCGCAAACAUGGGUAAGACACAUGGAAUGGGAGCUGGUCGCAAGUUGAAGUCUCACCGCAGGAGACAAAGGUGGGCAGACAAGUCAUACAAGAAGUCUCACCUUGGGAACGAAUGGAAAAAGCCAUUUGCCGGUUCUUCUCAUGCAAAAGGAAUCGUCCUUGAGAAGAUUGGUAUUGAGGCUAAGCAGCCUAACUCUGCUAUCAGAAAGUGUGCGAGAGUCCAACUCAUUAAGAACGGAAAGAAGAUUGCCGCCUUUGUACCCAACGAUGGUUGUUUGAACUACAUCGAGGAAAACGAUGAAGUGUUGAUUGCUGGAUUUGGACGAAAGGGUCACGCUGUGGGAGAUAUUCCCGGAGUUAGGUUCAAGGUUGUGAAGGUUUCUGGUGUAUCUCUUUUGGCUCUAUUCAAGGAGAAGAAGGAGAAGCCAAGAUCUUAAAGUGUUAUGCAGAGGUCUCACUCCUCUCCUGCUGCAUUAGUUUUGAUACUUUUGUCAAAGAGUUUAAAUGCAAUUGUUCCUUUUGUAACUUGGAUUGCAGACCCUUAUCGUCAUUGGUUUUAGUAGGAUGUGUACUUAUUGUUAUCUUGAUAAUCACAUUCGUGUUUUGGCUUAAUGAUUAUCGUCUUAUUGGGAAUG